GGCAUCGCCUACAUCUUGUCAAGAAUAGAGUGGUAUCGGGAGCUGGCAUCUUUGCUUCUUGAUGUGAAUAAAGCAGACGAUUCCCCCCCACAACUACGAGAUCAGCUACAGACACAUAUUGUCCAGCUCUACAACAAAGCUCUCACUUAUUUGAUGAGAAACAUCUGCCUUUUUCACGAGAAGUUGGACGCCACUUCGUCGAAAAGUAUUCUCAAAACAGAUAGCUGGGCCAGCCAAUUCAGUGCGAUUCAAAACGUCGAACGCGCCGUACAAAGAGACAUGGAACAAUACAAUGUGGAAGAGACCAAG